GUAAUUUGUUAGAUAUCUUUUUCUUUUUUUUUCCAUACUGCGAAACUGCGGGUCGUCGUCGUCAGGUGAUCGUUUGGCAACGUAGCGCCGCAGCGUUGCCUAGUAACCACGGCAGUAACUAAACAACAUUGACAACACGUCUGUCUAUAACCACACCGUCUCGUGUCCUCGUGUGUAUAUGAAUGAAGACACGAAAUAAAACAGUUCGCAGUAAACAUUUGGAGUACCAGUAAAACGAAAAAGAUGAUACUUUCUAGAUCGAAGCCUGCAGUGACGGAUGCUAGUCGCAAGUCAGCCUCGAAAAAGAAUAUUCCAAAACUGGAAGAAUACUUGGAAAAACGUGAUUAUUCCGGAGCUCUAACGCUCCUAGAAUUCAACGGAUCAAAUAAUGUAGUAAGCAACGCAGACAUGUGGAUCGCCUAUUGCGCCUUUCAUCUUGGUGAUUAUAAAAGAGCGACCAGCGUUUAUGAGAAUCAUAGAAAAAAAGAAACGGAACAGAAAGGUCAGGCUUCAGAAAGCAACGAAAGCAUACCUGUCAAUUUGGCUUGCUGUUAUUUCUUUCUGGGAAUGUACCCGGAAGCUCGAGAAGUCCUUAGCGAUGCUCCGGACAGCGGUCUAAAGACUCGAUUACUCUUCCAUCUUUAUCACAAAAUGGGAGAUGAAAAAAAGCUCGCAGAGUACCAUUCCAUGCUGCAGGACAGUAUCGAGGACCAAAUGUGUCUUGCAUCCAUACAUUAUUUACGUGCUCAUUAUCAGGAAGCCAUAGAUAUUUACAAAAAAGUACUUCUGGAGAACAGAAAUUAUUUAGCAUUGAACGUAUACGUUGCUCUGUGUUAUUACAAGCUUGACUACUACGACGUAGCUCAAGAAGUUCUCCAGGUUUACUUGCAGAAAUAUCCAGACAGUGCUAUAGCGAUCAAUCUUAAAGCUUGCAAUCAUUUUCGUUUAUACGAUGGUAAUGCAGCGCAGAAUGAAAUGAAGCAGUUGGUAGAAAAAACUACGACUUCGUGCAGUUUUGGACACGAUCUCAUUCGCCAUAACAUAGUCGUUUUUCGAGGAGGCGAUGGUGCGCUGCAAGUACUUCCAAAUUUGGUCGACGUCAUACCCGAAGCUAGACUCAAUCUUGUAAUUUAUCAUCUAAAACAGAAUGAUAUUCGAGAAGCUUUUGAGUUGAUAAAAGAUUUGGAGCCUGCUGUUCCACAAGAAUACAUAUUGAAAGGCAUCGUAAAUGCGGUCAUGGGACAGGAAACUGGUUCAAGAGAAAGCCUGAAAACGGCUCAACAAUAUUUUCAACUGGUGGGUUCAUCGGCUUCGGAAUGCGAUACAAUACCGGGAAGACAAUGCAUGGCAUCGUGUUUCUUCCUGCGUCGUCAGUUCGAAGAAGUUUUGGUUUACCUUCAUUCGAUAAAGACCUAUUUUUCAAACGAGGACGGUUUCAAUUUCAAUUAUGCCCAAGCACAAGCAGCUGCUGGUUAUUUCAAAGAAGCCGAAGAAGCUCUGUUGAUGAUUCGCAAUGAACGAUACAAAAGCGACUAUGUUUACACAACAUUGUUAGCUUAUUGUUAUGUGAUAAACAAAAAAGCCCAAUUGGCUUGGGAGCUGUACCUAAAAAUGGAGACAUCCACGGAAUCCUUCAAUUUGCUGCAACUCAUUGCAAACACUUGUUACAAAAUCGGUGAAUUUUGGUACGCCGCAAAAGCUUUUGAUAUGCUUGAGCGAAUGGAUCCAACACCGGAUCAUUGGGAAGGGAAACGAGGUGCUUGUUGCGGCACAUUUCAGUACAUCGUGGCUGAGAAACAACCAAAAGAACUGCUAAAAGAAAUCAUCCAAUUACUUCGCAACACCUCGAAUUCUCAAGUUGAUCAAAUCAUUCGGGUCAUGAGGAAAUGGGGAAAAGAAAACAGAGUUGCCUGCUAGAUACGGAUGAAUACGUUCGGGCGAGCUAUUGUUUAUUCAUUUUCAGUUAUCUAAUUAAAGAAUUAUGUCAAAAAACAA